AUGCAAUCCAAUAAAUUCUCGAAAGCUGUUAGCAACUCGUGGCUUAUGGUGGGGAUCGGAUUAGGUGCCUGUGGCCUGGUCGCCCAACUCAUCCUAAGGCGCUCGCCCGUAUCUGUUUCUACUACUUCCGGACGGAUAAGUCAGUUGUGGUCGCGCCUGGGAAGCCUUGGAAGGCUCGGGAACCUAAAGGAACGCGUCUUUCGGAGCAUCACGGCCAGGCAAUACUACCACGGUGGCUUUGAGGAGCGGAUGAGCCCCAGGGAGGCGGCCCGGAUCCUGGGCACUAGUCUCAGUGCCCCCCAGUCCAGGGUGCGGGAAGCCCACCGUCAAGUCAUGCUGGCCAACCACCCGGAUCGCGGCGGCUCUCCCUAUUUGGCCGCCAAGAUCAACGAGGCUAAGGAGCUGCUGAUGUCGCGGAAGCCGCGACCGGGCUAGAGAUGGACGGCAAGGGCUUCGUUCUCAAAAUUUUCGAUAGUUGCAUAGAUUUUCAACAACGACUGAAGGAUGUUCUUUUUUUCUAAAAACAAGUUAGACCUUUUCUAAGCAUAGGCGUUUCAUAAAGCUGUUCUUUUCCAAAUUAUUAUAUUUACAUCAAUGUGUACAUCCUUGUGGUCUCAAUCCUAAUAAAAUAUUGUAAUCGGUUGUUGAAUCAA